CUCGGAUAAUUGCAUGCUGUUGAUUAAGAUGGUAGAUAUUAUUGACUUGGUUUAGAUAACACUUCUUUGGGAAAGAUGUAUGAACCUAGAAUACAUAGUAUUACUGAAUUUUGCUGAAGCUGUUGUUAUGUGACAAUUGAUUGAAUUAACACAGAAGAUAUGAGAAUAAAUAGUGAUUGAUUCAUGGAUAUGCUUACUAGGCGUUUAGUACUUACCAAAAGGAUGAAACUUGAAAGAUACCUGUGUUAAACUUGCAUCUCGUGAUACGACAGUGUUAUGCUGCACAAGCUGAAUGCUAAACAAAAUCAGAAAAUCUUUCAUUCCUCUAUUCAGACAAUUAUUUCGAAGUAUACUUCAAAGAAAGUCACAUUGUAUAAGGAAAAUCUAUAAUAUUGCUUUUUUGAAAGUUGAUAUUGACUAUUUUAUUUGUUGCCUAACAGGAUGAGGAGAACGAUUUCAUAGUGGAAAUAUGAUAUCAUGACCAGUAUCUAAAUACUUUUCAUCAACCGUUACACCAGCUUUUUAAACUGACAGUAAAGGUUAUAUGGGCAAAUCUUCCAGUAAUUGUUUGGUGGUUAUGGAGCCACACUUGUUUAUUUCAUUUACAUCACAUGAUUCUAUGCAAUAUGUUAGUAGGACAAGUUUACAUUACUUGUUGAUUUCCGCUUAAUCUGCAAUAGGGUAAUUCUCAUAUCGAUAAAGUAAAAAUUACUCCGGAAUACAUCCUUGAUAAUUGGAUUUGAUUGUUUACUAUUGAAUGUUAUUUAGAUAUCGAAGUAAAUGAUAACAGACUUUUGAAAUGUGCGCUUAUUUUCAAUCAGUUUUCAUAAUGAAACUAUAGUCAACGUUUAGAAGUUAAUUAGUGGUUUAAAGUUGAAAUAUUGUAUAUCAUGAAUUACUGAAAGUGUAAACUUGGUAAAGGAGCUUUUAAUCCAAUGAAUCAAUAAUAAAUCAAUACAAAAGAACUUCCCUUUCUCUGAUGUUCCAAGAUCUCCAGUAAUCGAUAUCACUAUCCAUUGGUUAGCAAAAAUCAAUAGUUUAAUAUAUUUCUAAAUGUCAAUAUUGGUCUAUUUUCUUUUUUACAGAAUCUUUUUUGGGAAGAAACUUUCGAUAUUUUGAAUACAAAUUUAAUCUAGACUUACAAAAUGUCAGACGAUGAACAGAGUGAGGAUGGUAAAUCUGAAGCGAAAAUUCGUAUGGAAAUGGAAGCCAAGCGUAGAAAAGAGAGAGCUGAAGAGGAAUGGAGAGAAUAUGAAGAGUUUCGUAGAGGUGAACGCGAAAAAGAAGAAGAAGAGAUACGUCAAUUAAGAGAGCGUCGAGAACGACGUAAAAUGGAACGUGAAGAAGAAGAAAAACGAUUAGCUGAAUUACGUCAGAUAGAAGAUCAAAAAAGACGAGCAGAAGAAGAAGAAAGACAAAGAAAGAAACGUGAGGAAGAACAACGUAAACGUGAAGAACGUGAACGUAAAAAGAAAGAAUGGGAAGAGCGUAAAAAUGCUAAUCGACCUAAUUUCGUUAUUACAAAGAAGGAACAAGGUGCACAAGAAACGGAAGAAGAGAAAAAGGAAGAAGUUACAAAAUCAAAAGAGCAAUUGGAAGCUGAAAAACGUGCUAUUUUAGAACAACGUAUACAACCAUUGAAUAUUAGUGGUUUUAAUGCUGAUCAAUUAAAGAAUAAAGCUAAAGAAUUACACGAUCUUAUUUGUCGAUUAGAGGGUGAUAUUUAUGAUUUAUCACAACGUUUUACAAGACAAAGUUAUGAUAUGCAAGAACUGGCAGAACGUGCACGUCAAAUAAACAAAGGAGGUAAAGCAAAAGCUAUCACUAAUGCACCGGAUCCAUUAGCGGCUAAAUUCAGCGGUAUUCCUCCUAUGGUUGUCAUGUACAGUCAAUAUGAACGAGUGAAAGAUCCUAGAUCAUUCAAAGAUCGACGUACUGUCUUUACAGGUGCUAAUUAUGCAGAAGAAUAUCAACGUAUUGCACCUUCACACAUGUUGGUUAUGACAGAUGAAGGCUUCCAAAUAGCUGGAGCCGCUGAAGGUGGAGGACAUUCGGCUGCUUCUGCACCUGGAACUGAAGUUCCUGUUGAAUAAAUAAUUCUAUGAACAUUAAUUAUAGUAAUGCUGCUAUCAUUGUUAUUGUCACCAGGAUAUAUACCAUCAAUUAUUUCUGAUUCUUUUGCAUUUCUCUAUCUCGUUCUAUUUGUGUUUCUUCUUUUUGUUUGUUUCGAUAUCACCACAUUCAUUAAAAUGUUCUGAGUUUUUAUUUUUAUUAUGUUACUGAAAAAAGAAAUUCACUUAUUAUCCUCAAUGCUUUUAAACAAAACAAAUUACGCUACCGCUUUCCUGUCUUACUGAUAUCAUUGAUAGUAUGUUAUCAUUCACUCCCUCUUUCUAUGUUUCCUCUUCUUCUUCUUCUCCUUGUCUUCAUGGAUUCCGAAAAAUUGUCAUUAAUUAUUAAGUCACCUAAAUUACCACUGAUUCAUUAAAACACCAAAUAUCUAAAUAUCACAACAGAAACUAUAAAUAAAACUACCCUUAUCUUUAUUAGACUGUGUAGUUUCUUAUUGCUAUUAUUAUUAUUAUCAUUAUUACCAUUAUUAUGACUCCCUCUUUUAUGUUGAAUAAUUUACUUUAAGUAAUAAAUGGGAACAUUCUAUUCUACU